AUGGCGGCAGUGGCGGCCGUGCGCCUGGGCCUGCGGCGGGGGAAGCUCUGCGGCCGCCUGGGCGCGCUCGCCUUCAGCAGCGGGCAAGAGAGGCUUGGGGCGGGGGCGCGCAGCUUUCCAUGGGCCCGAGCCUCUUUGCCUCCGCUUCGGGCGGGGGAGGGGGGGAAAGCACGGGAAAGGUUUGCAUUCACACGUGUGUUGGCGCGUACACGUACGCCUUUUGUAAAAGUUCCGUUUUGCAGGAAUGUCGUCUUGAGCAACCCUCGGCGAAGAAAUGCUCUCUCGCUCGCCAUGCUGAAAUCCCUCCGCAAAGACCUCCUGCGCGAUAGCCCGGAUCUGCGAGUCAUUAUCAUUUCAGGCGAAGGACCUGUUUUCUCCUCAGGGCACGACUUAAAGGAAUUGUCUCGUGAGGCAGGCGAGAAAUAUCACCUCGAAGUCUUCGAGACCUGUGCCGAACUCAUGACGCUGCUUUCAAAGCUUCCAGUACCCAUAAUCGCCAAGGUCAACGGCCUUGCCACUGCCGCUGGCUGCCAACUGGUAGCGAGCUGCGAUAUUGCUGUGGCAAGCGAAGAAUCCACAUUUGCCACCCCCGGAGUAAACGUUGGACUGUUCUGCUCGACACCCGCCGUCCCCGUGGGGAGAUCUCUCCCUAGGAAGGUGGCGCUGGAGAUGCUGUUCACAGGGGAGCCCAUAACAGCUCGGGAGGCCCUUCUUCACGGGCUUGUCAGCCGGGUGGUCCCAGCAGAGAAGCUGGAAGACGAGACCCUGAGAAUCGCCCGAAAAAUAUGCGAGAGCAGCCGCUCCGUCUUGGCCCUGGGGAAAGCCGCCUUUUACAAGCAGAUGGCUCAAGACGUUGAGACGGCCUACCGGACGACAGCGAAGGUCAUGGUGGACAAUCUCGCCCUGGAGGACGGACGAGAGGGGAUCGAGGCCUUCCUCUGUAAACGCAAGCCCACCUGGUCCCCUUGAACAUCCUGGGGGGACAGAUCACACUCGAAAGCCAUAUCCGACCAUAAAAAGGGGUCUGGGGGAUUCCCACAGGCCAGUCCCUUCUCUCUAUGAAAACCACAGGACGGUUUGCGUCAGGCGAUCCCUCGUACAAACAGGAGAACCUGCUCCAAAUGGCGUGUUUGUGCGCUGCUGUUUUGUCACUUAAUACACCUUCGUUUGGUAAUGCGUCAGAGUACAGUUUCAUUUGGGGAAGUUUAUCUGCGGCAAAAAUCCAAGCAGCCCCCAGAACCCCUUUGCAGAACGUCUCUUGAAGGAGUGGCGGUGAGCCCUCUGAGACUCCGUUCCUUGCCUAGAGAGGCCCUGACUUUGUGGAGGGGAUGGAAUGGAUUUCAACAGGGGUCAUUUCGUAGAAGA